GAGGACGAGGGCGCGGUCGUGGACAGCGAGGACUUCGUCAGCUGCUUCAACUUGCUGCGGAUGCCACGAAGCUGGGACGGUUUCCUCGUGUAUGAGCGCCCGGUUUCGGGGGCCGUUCUCGGUCGCCGCGCAGAGGACACCUUCCGCGUCUCGCUCACGACGGUGCCGAUGGGUUGGUCUGGCGCCGUGGCCGUCGUCCAGGCGGUGGUGCGCCGCCUCGUUUUUGGCGAGGCGGAGGUCGAUCUGGCUACCGAGGUGGCUAAAUCCAAGGCAAUGGCUGGGCAGGAGUCGCCGGAGCACCGGCGUUUCGUUGGGGUGCGCCGCCGCCUCGGCCUGCCGCUCAACAAGGCCAAGUCGCUCAUCGCUUCUUUCCAGGCGCUCCUGCAGGGCGGGGAGUUCGAGGAGCAGCCGGCAUCUGCGCCCACUGGCGCCGGCGUGGUGGCCGCGGAAGCCGCGCUUCGCCGCUGGGCGGGCCUCGCGUGCUUCUGCGCGGGUUACCGCCGCCCGCUGUUCUCCAUCUUGCAGGACGUCUUCACA